AGUUGGCUCAAGUGGCUAGCCAUGUCAGCGCCUGAACAAAGGCUAAGGGUUCCAAUUGGCAGCCAAAAGAAGCCAGCCACGCACAGCGGCUACGUGGGCCAUGAGGGCGAGACGGUGAAGGUUCGCUUGCACUCCAUCUGCUUCUCGGUGAAGAAAGCCUUGACGCUCUCAGCCCUCGCCUCCGGCGACGUCUUGAAAGCCUUUAUCAGAUCCGAGUGCCCGGAGCUCUCCAAGGUUCCAAACAACAGGAUCCGACUGCUCUACCGGGGCAUUGAACUCUCGGAUGAGCUGCCGCUGGAGUCUGUCGCUGCGCCGGACAUGGAUCUCCACUUCCUUGUGCUGGAUCAGGAGUCUGGCAUCGAGCUGGCGCCGUGCGACGUGGCCUGCCCUCCCGAGCUGCUUGAGCUGCUCCAGCGCUGCGCACAGGGCCUGCGCGAGAAUGUGCAGCCCACCUUGGCGGACAGCGGCUGCGGGGGCACUUAUUUCCUGCAUGCGGAGGGCAAACCUUUGGCAGUGUUCAAACCGAAAGACGAAGAAGCCGGAGCUCCGCAGAACCCUCGUGGCUUCUUGGGCUGCGAGAACUCGCGGCACUUCUUGGGCGCCGUGGCCUCGGCCCAGCGAGCGGUGCGCGAGGCGGCGGCCUACCUGCUGGACCGGGGACGUGCGCAGGUGCCCAUGACGACAUUAGCUCGUUGCCGUCACCGAAGCUUUGUGCCCAUGCCCAUCGACGGCCAGCAGCAGGUCGUGUGGAAGUUGGGAGCCUUCCAGGCCUGGGUGGAGAACGCAGAGAGCGGUGAGAACUUCGGAUACUCUAUUCACAGCAUCGAGGAUGUGCAUCGAAUCGGCAUCCUUGAUGUUAGGAUUGUGAACUUCGACCGCAAUCUAGGCAACUUGCUUGUGCAGAAAGUUGGCGACAGGAGGCAACUCAUCCCCAUUGACCACGGCUGCUCGCUGCCCGACCAACUCAACUUCCCCUUGCACGAUGUCGCCUGGGCGUGCUGGCCGCAGAGCAAGGAGCCUUUUAGUCAAGAAACCCUCGAGUACAUUGCUGGGCUUGAUGGGCAAGCCGAUGCCAAGAUGUUGGCAGAGACUCUGGGCCUGGAGCGCGGCUGCCUUCGUCUACUGGAGCUGUCCACUCUAUGGUUGCAGAUGGCUGCAGCCGAAGGCUGCACCUUGUACCAAAUUGCGGCUGCGCUCUACCGCACCGACCCCAAGACACCCAGCAUCAUUGAAGGCAUCCUCUCGAACUGCUUGAUGUCAGCCGCUGCUUCUUUCACAUCAGACCAGUCAAGCGGCUUGGUGCGCUCGGUGACCCACUGCAGCUCGACCGUGGUGCGCAGCCUUGACGGGACGAAGCGAUGGACUUCCGCCCAGGAGGACUCUUUCCGGCGGUGCGCUGUGGACAGCUUCCGGCACUUGCUGCAAAAGAAGGUGGAGCCAAAGCUACAAAGUCUCCAGCGAAGCAAGGCCUUUGUCCCAGCUGCAGUUCUUGCGUGAUCGCCUGACCGCCUGAGCCACUCAACAUCACGCUUGUUCAUGGCUUGUCUUGUUUGCGAAGACUUGCCUGCAUGCCCGAAUUUUGGUUGCAAGAUGCAACUGCUGCAGCUACCAACCCUGGCUUUUGGGCUGCAAGCCGGCACAGGGAUCCCCGGAUCUCCUGAGUGCUGAGCGGUGUACAGAAUAUAUACUCCUGCCGACGUGUGCUUUGUGGCGGG